AUGAGAAGCCUGGGCUACGGCUUCACCAAUGAAGGCUGUCGCCAGCACUUUCAAGGUCUACGUCGGGCUCAACACAAGGCGGAGACCACUGGCCCUAAUGGAGACACAGUACGGAGAAAUGACCCAACUAUGAAUCCUAUCACACGUCGCCCUGGACCUGGAAGGGGUCGGCCAAGAAAACAACCACCCGUUCCAGUACCAGGAGCUCCAGGAGAGGGUGCUACCCAUCCACCUCUAGCACCCGACAUCGUCUCUGGACCACCUCCUCACCCUGCGUCUCCUUAUCCCCAGGGUGCUGGUGCCCAGCCUUAUGGUCCUGUUUCUGCUGGCCCUCAACCUAUGCAUCCACAACCAGUCCAGGCUGCUAUGAGACCUGGCAGUAUCUCUUCUGCACCGCCUACACCACAAGCACCAACUCCUGGCAACGUGGUCCCUGGUCCAGACCCGGUUACAUACCCAAGCCCAACUCUUGCGCCUACGCUCCCUCAGGACUCUCCUCACUCACACCCUCUUCAACAUGGUCACUCCAGCCAGUCCGGUCAGCAGCCUCAACCUGGUCAGCAGUCCCAAUCUGAUCAGCAGCCUCAGCCGACUCAAGCUCAGUCAGCUCAACAAUCUCAACCUGACCAACAGCCUCACUCAGCCACACAAUCUCAGACAGAUCAAGAGAUAGAGCCCAAUUACCAAUCUCAGGAGCUUCCGCAAGAACCUCCACGAGAGACUCGCGAAGCUACUGACGCAAGCGCUGCAUCUCAACCUCAACCAGUAGAGCAGAACCACGAGCCCCAUGUUCUCAUGCCUCAAGACCAACUGCAACCGGCACAUGGAGAUAUAGAUGCCGAUGGCGAAGCAGAUAUGGAGAACGACGAACCUAGUGCUAAACGACAACGUAUGGAUUCGCCAGAACCUCCAAAGGGUGAUGACAUGGACGAUGAAGCUGUGUUAGCCCUCGCAGCUCACAAUGGUUCCGCGGAUUUUGCUUCCGAUUUUGCUACUUAUGGCGAAGCAUAG